AUGGCAGCAGUGGAUCUUGACACCAAUAAAAUCAAGGAUUGGCGAUCCAUAGUCACGCUCAUCAUUUUCGUUAUAACUAAUCUUUUUCUCCUCGCCAUCCUGGCCAUAGGUCGAGAAGAAGUGCACGAUGGGACGGUUGGGGCAAACAGUAUCAACCCGAUUGAUAUCAUGGUGUUUUUCAUCACAUUAGCAUACAUUGCUAUUUCGAUCGAUGCUUCCGGUCUCAUCAGAUUCUUGGCAUUCAAGGUACUUCAAAAGGGAGGCAAAGUUGGACACAGACUGUUCUUCUUUCUCUACGCAUUCUUCUUCUGCUUGGGAACUUUCAUCGGAAAUGAUCCCAUUAUCCUGUCUGGGACCGCAUUUCUUGCCUACUUGACUCGAGUAUCGAGUAACAUUAUACAUCCAAGAGCAUGGAUUUUCACACAAUUCGCAAUCGCCAAUAUUGCCUCGGCCAUCCUCGUCUCCUCUAAUCCGACCAAUCUUGUCCUAGCUGGUGCCUUCGGGAUUAAGUUCAUCGCAUAUACCGCGAACAUGAUCGUUCCAGUAGUUGUGACAGCAAUUGUCUUAUUCCCGUUCUUACUAUAUAUCGUCUUCGCCGACGAGGCUCUCAUUCCAUUUUCAAUCAAGAUGCACGAGCUCUCCGAGGAAGCUAAAGCUAAGAAACCCGUGAAUCCGAAUAUCCCUAAUGCUAAAGGAAACUCCGGCGAGGAACAAGAGAAUGAGCUUGCAGAGAAUAAACAGCUUUCUCUCGAAGAAAUUAUGAAUCCUUUCGUGGAUAGAAAGGGAGCAGCUUUUGGGGCCAUCCUCAUGACUGUAACACUCAUUACGGUCCUGGUACUGAAUGCUGUUAGCCAGAGUAAAGGCGAACAUCCAGUAUUUUGGGUGACUCUGCCAGCCGCAUUUGUGAUGUUUGUUUGGGACAUCUCACUCGGAUGGAUCAAUCGGCACGAAACACGCGAAAUUGCUCGCAAGGGACGACACGAAGUUGAACUUGCCCGAGCCGAGCGAGCGAUAAGAGAGGAGCAGGAAACGGAUCAAGUAGUUUUAGGACAAAAGCAGCGAGGUACCAAAACCACGAAUGGAGCGCUAACAAAAUCGCCGGAAGAAGUCGAAAUGAAGAGCCUGGAAGGUCAAUAUGGCAUUGUUACAGAGAAUAGUCGUGCCCCUACACUUCUGGUCCCCGAGAAUUUUGAUGGACAAAGCCAAAAAUUAAGUGAUCGCUUGGACUCAUCUAUCUCGACACUCGUCCCCAAGGAUGACAAUUUACAGAACAGUCGCUCUUCUACCAGCGCAAUGAGUAUCCUUGAUGAAAAGAAAGAGUCAAUUCGCGCAGAAUCUCCUUCUCCAUCACAAGGCGUAUUAAGCCCAAGAUUAAGUGGUCAAGCGGAGACGAACAAACGAGUAGCCUCCGAGCAAGUUUCCCGCAAAGUCGAGCUUCGAACGCAGCGCGGACGCCCAACAUUAGUUUCGCUUUUCGAGGAUACAUAUCUAUGGUCCCAAGAAACGUUCCCCACUGUCACAGCAGUCGUAUCCCAUCUCCCUUUUGCCCUCGUUCCAUUUGCUUUUUCAAUGUUCGUUCUCGUACAAGCAUUAGUGACCAAAGGCUGGGUCCCAGUAUUUGCUUAUGGCUGGGAUCACUGGGUCAAUAAGACGGGUACGGUUGGAGCUAUUGGUGGUAUGGGAUUUCUAUCCUGUAUCCUCUGCAACUUUGCAGGCACCAACAUCGGCACUACGAUCCUUCUCUGCCGCGUAAUUCAAGCAUGGCAAGACAUCCACCACAACAACGGACUCCCCAUCAGCGACCGCGUCUUUUGGGGCACCGUAUAUUCCAUGGCCAUCGGUGUGAAUUACGGGGCGUUUAGUACGGCGUUUAGUGCAUCGCUGGCAGGUCUGCUGUGGAGGGAUAUUCUGGGCAGAAAACAUAUUCAUGUGCGCAGGCUGGAUUUUGCAAGGGUUAAUUUGCCAAUUAUAGCGAUUUCUAUGGCGGUGGGGUGUGCGGUGCUCGUGGGGCAAAUUUAUGUGGUUAGGACUAAUGAUCCUUAUGAUGCGUGA